AAAAGGAAAGCCACACUGACAGACAGUUGAGUCGUUGCACAACUUUCCUGCUGGCCGCAUCUCAAACUGUAUUUGACAGAGAUGAAUUCUGAAGGCUACCCAUCUGACAGUGUCCCAUUGCAGGGGAGAUUCGAAAGGUUUCAUGGACAGCCUGGAGGAUCUGCAGGGGAUCAAUGCAUCACUGUGAACAUCCCCCUUGAGCCACCCAGGGACCACAUCAUCUGGUCCCUCUGCUGCUUUUUCUACUCAAACCCCUGCUGCCUGGGACUGGCGGCUCUCAUCUUCUCCAUCAAGGCCAGAGACCGGAAGGUGGUUGGAGAUAUGGAAGGAGCCCGACACUACGGCUCCACCGCUCGCUCCCUCAACAUCUGGGCCACAGUCCUGGUUUCCAUCAUGAUCCUUAUUUCCCUUAUUAUAGUCAUCACUGUAAUUGUUCUGGCAAAGCAGGCCGCCCAAAGCUACACUGGCUUCAAUAACAAUUAUAGAGGUUAAAUUGUGUGAGAGUUUUCUGCAGCAGUGGCUUGGUGAUACUUCUCUUUAUCUGCUUUGCGGUUAUGGCUCCUGCUUUGAACUUUUUACUUAUUUUACAAAAGUCUUAAAUGGAACUCCUGCAUGUUUCCAUAAUGACAAUUUGUAGUAAAGUUUGACAUUCUUGCAAGACGUUGUUAAUAAACAAAAUACCCUGUCUGCAACAGUUUCAUUUUAUGCUAAACUGUAAAAGAUGGUGUUUUCAAAAUAAAGAACCCCACCCAAAGAAGAAAA